UAAAAAAAAAAUUUCACUCAACUGUUUUUCGAUAGUGCGUAAGCCUAAUGUUAAUGUGUGUGGUAUAUAUAAUUAAUUAUUUUUCGUGAUUAGACCAUUUUUUGAAUGACAGAUACAAUAAUAAAUAUAUAGAUUGUACAUCUACUCAUUGAACUGUACAUAAAUAUAGCAACUAUUUAUUUAAAUUAACAUUUAUAUUAGUAAAAUAAAUUAGAUAAUUGCAAUAAACCAUGGCAGUAAAUAUGUUUAGUGUUGUUGAUUAUUAUUUUACUGAUGUUUCACGUAAAUAUUCAUGUGGGUACUGUAAAAAACGUAAUUCCUACAAACGACAUGGUAUGUGGGCGCAUUCAUUGACAGUUCAAGAUUAUCAAGCCCUAAUUGACAGAGGCUGGAGGAGAAGUGGAUCUUAUUGUUACAAACCGCUCAAUGAUGAAACAUGCUGUCCUAUGUACACUAUUAAAUGCGAAGCAUUAAAUUUAAUUGUCAGCAAAUCACAAAAAAAAAUAAUAAAACGCGUAACAAAAUUUUUAAAAGACGGAAAAAAAGAUGAUGACGAUGAUCAUUACAAUGAAAAAAGAAAUAAAAGAACUAAAAUUCAUCAUAAUAAACCUAAUGACGUAGAUGUUUGCAGUAUAAUGGAGCCAGAUUACGCUGAACAUGCUGCGAAAAGUAAAUUUGAGAUUUUAGAGACAGAAAAAAUGUCUGUGGACAUGGAUUGUGAUAACAAACGCGAUAAAUGUUGUAACAAUAGUCAUGAUGACGGUGAUCAUGUUAAUAGCCAACAAGUAAAUAAUGAAAUUGAUAAUACUCAAAUGCAACCUGUGACAAUGGUGCAAGAUACUAACGAAUAUGCUAAUUGUAUAUCUCAGUCAUCGUGUAGUAAAAUUGAUAAAAAAAUUACCAGUGAGUCGACGUCGAGUCAUGAGGACAGCGGAUUGCCGCGAAAAGCUAAAUUAAUUAGAAUCGAGCGAGCUAGAAGCCGUUUACUUGCUAAGGGCAAGACUUUGGAAGAGAUCGAAGCGUAUUAUAAGAAGAAAAAAGAUAAAAAUAAACCUAAAACCAUUGAUGAGUUGUUGAAUUUUGUCACUGGUGGUGUCAAUGAAUUACAAGUGAAAUUAGUACGAGUAUCCUCAGAAGAAUUCAUGGAAACUUUAGAUGAGUGUGUAGAAUUAUUUAAAAAGUAUCAAAUCGCUGUACAUAAUGACGAACCAGAUGAAUGUGAUAAACAAUCAUUUCUUAAUUUUUUAGGGAAGACUCCAUUAAAACACUGGAAACCAGAAUCGGGGCCGCCACUGGGAUAUGGUUCAUUCCACCAACAAUAUUGGCUAAAUAAUAAAUUAAUGGCUGUUGGUGUAAUAGAUAUAUUACCUUCAUGUGUAUCAAGUGUUUAUUUUUUCUACGAUCCAGCGUACUCUUUUCUUUCGCUCGGUACUUACAGUUCUUUAAUGGAAGUACGUUUGGUAAGGGAAUUAAACAAAACAGUACCCGAUUUAAAAUAUUAUUACAUGGGUUAUUAUAUUCACACGAUUCCAAAGAUGCGUUACAAAGCUAAAAUGCGUCCAUCAAAAUUGUUGUGUCCUGAAACUUACAAGUGGUUUGAUAUCGACAAAUGCAUACCAAAACUUAAUGAAACCAAAUACUCGAGACUUAAUGAUGAUCUGGAUGCACUCGACGAGGACGGUAUCAUUAAUUCCGACGCGUUAAUGCAGGUUCGUGUUUACUAUCGUGGAAAAAUGACAUAUCAAAAUGUAAGAGGAAUAAGGCGGAUGUUUGGUGAUAAAAAAGAUGACAGUAAUGAAGUUAAAGAAUACGCAGAACUUGUUGGUAAAAAAUGUGCUCACAAUAUGUAUCUACGAUGAAGGAGCAACUACAACUAACCAGUACUAGUUGUACUAAACUAUAGUUUUAUCCAAUAGUACAAAUGGCACCAGGAUAAUUGGAAUUACAAGUUAGUAAAGACGAAGAUCUAAAAAAAAUUGUAAAAAAAAUUUUGAGCAAUGUCCUAGCGAUGAAGGAGCAACUACAAUUUAUCAGUACCGCUUGUACUAUAGUUUUAUCUAAUAUAAUACAUGCGAUAUCGACUAAAAUUGGAAUUACAAGUUAGAACUGGUAAUGAUCUAAGAAAAUUUAUGUAAUAAAUUUUGAUAAUUAAUGAUUUUUGUCCCAGUGGUGAAGGAGCAACUACAACUACUCAGGGCCGUAUGAGUGAUAAUUUUAUCUAAUUUUACAACACAAAUGGCACUGGGUAACUAGAAGUAUUAAUAUUGGUAAUGAUAAAAACAUUAUUUAAUAAAUUUUGACAAUCAUUGAUUUUUGUUUCAGUAAUGAAGGAGCAACUCCAACUACCCAGUGCCAUUCAUGCAUUAUAAUUUUACAUAAUAGUGUAAAUGGCACUGGAUAAUUCGAGUUACAAGUUAGUAAAGACGAUGAUCUAAAAAAAAUUUGAGUAAUGUCCUAGCGAUGAAGGGGCAACUACAAUUACUCAGUACUGACCCGUACUAUACUUGUUUCUAUACAGUACAAGAAGUACUGAGUAAUUGAAGUAACAAAUAUUGAACCGCCCCAAUAUUAUUUUAUAAAUAGAAGUGCUGAAAUCAAAAAUUCAUAGUGGAAAAUUAAUUAAAGCAGUUGUGAAUUAAUAAAUGUAAAAACAAUAUAGUUACAAUUACUCAGUAUGGCCCGUGUUUUACGUUUUACAAGUACAGUACAAGCAGUACUAAGGUAUUGGAACCCCAGUUUGUAAGUAUAUAUUAAAUGAAAUUUAUCAAUGAUGAAAAAGCAACACAAUGACCCAGUACUACCCGUACUCUAUUUUUUUCUUUAUACAGUACAGGUGGUACCGGGUAAUUGUAAUUACAAGUUAGUACUGGGAAUGAUCUGAUAAAAAAAAAUUGAGUAAUGUUCCAGCGAUGAAAAUGGAACUUCAAUUACUCGAGUGCCAGCCGAACUGAAAUUUUUACAGUAAGGCUGUACCAAGUUAUUGCAGUCACAAAUGUUAAUUAUUAUUAGCAAGUGUCCAAGGAAAGAAAUUAAUGAUGAAAAGCAGCCACAAUUACUCGAGUAACGACUUGACUGAAAUUUAAAAUUUUUUUAGUACAAGCGGUACCAAGUUUUCAGAGUUGCAAAUAUUGUACUUAUAAUUGAUCAAAUGCUGAAAAGAAAAAUAUUUCAUGCGAUGAAAAAGCAACCACCAUAACUGGUAUUGGUAACACUUUAUUUUUACCAAUAAAGUAUACCAAUACCACAUAAUUGAAGUUACCAAUGUUAACUACGAUUAACGAGUGUCCAAUGAAAAUAAUUAAUGAUGAUCAGCAACCACAACUACUUGAGUACUGACCGUACUAGAAUUUAAAUCUUUAUAGUACAGGCGGUAUUCAGUUUUCGGAGUUACUAGUAUUAAUUAUUAGCAAAUGACCAACGAAAAAUAUUGAAUAAAUAAUAUGCGAUGAAAAAGUAGCCCACAAUUGCCCUGUUCUACUAAUACGUAAAUUAAAAAUAUUUACAGUAUGAGUAGUACUAAGGGAUCGUAAGUACAAUCUUACAUUAAUGAUCAUCGGAAAAAUAUGUAUUAAAUUUGAAUGAUAAAAAGCGUUGAUAAUAUUCGAGUGACUUAAGACAAUUGCAAAUACCCGUGCAUCUCUUGUUCUAUAUAUAGUUUUAUAAAUACUAAACAAGAAAUACUGAGUAAUUGAAAUUACUUCACAGAAAUGAUGAGAAAAUUUCUUCACUGAUUGAUGAACCUGAUGAACAAAUAUUGAAAUAUCUAUUUAUUUUUUUAUGAAAAUAAUUACAGGGUAAAAUGAUAACUACGACUCUGGUGUCGCUAAUUAAUUAAAAUUUUUUUUCAUUGUCAAUUAAAUAUUUUCCUAAUGACAAACUAAUUGACAAACCGAUGAAAGAGUAACUACAAUUAACAGAGUACAGAGUGAUCCAUAUUUUUAUCAAUACAGUUCAGUCUGUACUCAGUAAACGGAGUUACAAAAAAAUUUUAAAUACCUAAUAUUAAUUGCAAGCUUUAAAAAGAUGACAUGAAACUACAAGUACUCGAGUACUACCUAUACGGUAUUUUUUACAUAUAUAUAUAUACAGUACAAGUAGUACCUAUUUACUGAAGUGACAAAUAAUUGACACAAGUGCUGAUAAAUAAAAUAAUUAAGCGAUGAAAAAGCAACCACUAUUGCCCAGUGCCAACUGUACUAUGAAUUUUAUUACAUGGUACAAAAAACACCAAGUAAAUGAAGCUACAAAUAUUAGGUAAUAUAAAUAUAUGUACAAAUAAAAAUUUUAAAUUUAAGUGAAAGUGAAAAAAAAGUCACUGCAAUUACCCAGAACAAUCCUAUCUAUGAAUUAAUAACGUAGUAUAUAAAUGUACUGAGUAAAUGGAAUUACAAAAGUAUGAAAUAGAUAAAUUACGUGAAAAAAAAAUCACAACCACUUGAUAACGCACAUGAUAUAAAAUUUCCACUUUUAUACCCUGAGCGGUAUCUAGUUAUUGAGAUUACAGCAGCUGAGAAUUGUUAAAUAAAGAUUAAGAUGAAUUGAAGCGAUGAAGAUGCGACUUGAAUAACUUGGUACUAGACAGAGCGUUAAUUUUUAAAAACGCCGUGUAUAGUGCCAUGUCAUUGAAGAAGCUGGCGUUGAAAAUUAUGAAGUAGAGCUGAAGAUAAAGGAAAGCGGUACAGAAGCUACUGCAAUUUAUUUAGCACUCGACAGAGUUUUUAUCCACACUGUGCCAAGAAUUAAACAUUUGGAGUAACUAGAGUUGAAAAUUAUUAAAUAAAACUGAAGAUAAAGUGACGCUAGCAGAAGCUACUGCAGUUGGUGUGGUAAUCCAUAAAGUUUUUAUCUUUACACUUUUUGUAGAACCAACCAACUGGAGUAACUGGUGUUUAAAAUUAUUAAGUAAAGGUGACGAUAAAGUAAAGCAGUAGAAAAGCUACCAGAAUAAUACGGUACUGCUUUUCAGUUAAAUUUUAUGCCAACAGUAAAAGUAGCUCCGCAUUAUUUAAGUAACUGGUGUUGAAAAUUAUCAAGUAAAGUUGAAGAUGAAAUAAAGCAGCGUAGAAGCCACUACAAAGGAUUUGGCAAUAUACGAAGUUUUUAUCUUCACACUUUGCAUAGAGCCAAAUCAUUGAAGUAACUGGUAUUGAAAAUUAUUUAACGAAGCUAAAGAUAAAGUGAAGCAAUGCAGAAGCUACUGCAAUUGAUUUGGUAAGAUGUGAAGUUUUUAUUAUCACACUUCGCAUAGAGCCAAAUAACUGAAGUAACUGGUGUUUAAAAUUAUUAAGUAAAGCUGAAGAUAAAGUGAAACGAUGAAGAAGCAAUUAGAAUAAUUCGACGGUGUAGAAAUUAUUAAAUAAAGUUGGAGAUAAAGUAAAGCGAUGCAGAAGCUACAACAAUAACUUGGUAUUAGGCACAGUGUUAAUUUUUAUCUUAACAAUGUGGAUAGUGACCAUGUUAUUGAUGGAAUAAGCAUUGUAAAUUAUUAAAUAAAGUUGGACGUAAAGCAAAGCGAUCAAGAAGCCACUGCAGUUUAUUUGGUUCAAGAUAUAGUUCUUAUCCUCACACUCUGUCUAGAAUCGAAUCAUUGAAGUAACAGGUAUUGAAAAUUGCUAAAUAAAUUUUAAAAUAGAUUAAAGCGAAGAAAUAAUAACUACAAGUACUCGAUACUGUACGCAAUAUACAUUUGAAUCGCUAAAUUACGCCCAGUAUGGAAUUAUUGGAGUUAAAAUAUUUGAAAAUUGUUGAAUAAACUUUAAAAUAGAGUAAAGCGAAGAAAUAGUAACCACAAGUACUUGAUGCUGUGUGCAAUUUAAAUUUUUAUCUCUAAAUUACACGCAACAUGAAGUUAUUGGAGUUACAGAGUACUUGAAAAUCGUUAAAUAAACUUUAAAAUAGAGUAAAGCGAAGAAGUUGUAACUACAACGACUGAGUACUGGAUGUAAUUAUUAAUUAUAUCUCUAAAUUACACGCAGUACGUAGCUAUUGAAGUUACAGUAAUUUAAAAUAGUUAAUUAAAAGCGAUGAAGAAGCAACUAAAAUAAUUUGGCGUUGCUAGGCUAUAAAUGUUCUCAUCUUUAUAGCACUAACACUGCCAAAAUUUUACAGUUACAAUUGAAGAAAUAGAAUUUAAACAUUUUAAAUUUAUUAAUAAAUGUCUUAAUUAUUAAAUUUAAAUAAAAUCUGAUAAAAAAAAUUAAUUUAUCUACUAGUACCCGCACUGUAAUUUUUUUUAUUUGCACAGUUCACGGAGUAAUAAGUUAUUGAAAGCACGCUGUUGCAUGCAAUUGAUGUAAAUUUCUGAGCAAGCUAUGUAGAAAAUUGUUAACUAAUUAAUUUAUAAUUUACAAACUUGUCCGGUUGUGUUAUGAGCCGAUCACUUGAAAUAAAUUAAAUUAUAAUUUGAAACACGUGAAUCAAAAAAAUUAAUUACUAAUUUAAUUAUGAAGAUUUAAAAUUUGAAUUUUGAAAAGUGAUAAUAAUUUUUGUAAGUUAAAAAUAAUGAAUAUACGGUAACUGAACGCGAGAAGUUAAACUCUAAGGGCUAUGUUAAAAUAUAAGUACUUGAAUAUUACGAACGUUCAAGAAGACGAUCUAAGUAAAACUAACCAUCGGGCACCAGGUCUUCGGUUUAUAAAAUAAUCGAGGUAUACCCCAGGGGUAGGAAGAAAUAAGCCAAUAAAAUUGAAGGGCUGUCAUUUGUGAAAUUUUACUGAAUAAAUUAGUAUGCAAAGAAGGGACAGAAGCAGCUGAUUGGUUGUUACAGGAAGUGUAAGACAGAAAAUAGGGAAGAAAGAAAUGAGACUCCUUGGUGUUGCAAGUACACAGGCUUUGGGCUACUUAAGUAUUAUCUAAGUGCCGGGGAUUAAUUGACGUCAAUACUUGGAAAGUAAUAAAUAUUUGAGGAAUAAUAUAGUAAAGUCUUUAAGUAUAACUAAAGACAAUCCAUGUUUGUUGAGUACUAGAAUAGUUUCUUCGCUGAAGAUUUGCUGACGUCUAGUCAUGAAGGAUUUGGAGAUUCCGUAUGAUAAUAAUGCAUAACAGUAAUCUCUUAAUUCUUAAAUAAAAAUAAAAGUGACACAUCCAAAGACGAUGACAAAUUUAUUUGUAUAACUAAGCUUGGAUAGUUUUAAAUGUUCAAUCAGAUAGGCAUUUAUUUUAAUAUCCUUCAGAAAAUUUCUUCAGAACCAGAGUAAAGAAAAUGAUUUAUUGCCAGGAUUAAAUUAGAAAAUCUAGUGUCAUUAUUAUUUAUUUUCUCGGAAAUAGUUUAAAUAAUUUCUCUAAAAAUAAUUUGUAAUUGGAAUAAACUUGAGAGAGAAGUGAAAAGCAGAAAAAAAUUUUUUUUGUCAUACUAAUUUAAAAAAUUUUAAAUUAGGGGUAUUUAUCAGCUUAUAAAUAAUUGAUUGAAAUUUUAUAAAAUAUAACUAUUUAUCUUAUUACUAAUUCCAAAAGGACACAUUUUUAUUCACUCUUUUGGCUUCAUAAACAAAAGCGUAACUCAAACUCUAUGUCCUUUUGACAUUCAAAAUUUUUUUUUCAAGUUUGAGCUUGAAAAUAAGUAUCUAAUACCGCGUUAUGGCCAAGUCACCCGAGUUCACAUUAAAUUAAUAUUUGAAGUUUUUUAAUAAUUUACAUAUUUUUUUCUUCAUUGGCUUUUUUAUGAUAAAGAUGACGUAUGCAAUAAUAGUUGAUAUAUAUAAUAUAUAUAUAUCCUAGGGCGAAGAUAUUUUUUUUUGUUUUUCACUCCAAGUAGCGAAUAAUAUUUGUAUCGUGGAUAUUAAAUAAAUGUACAAACUUUUUUUUUCUUUAGGAAAACCAAGCAAUGGCGUCUCUUCAAAUCCUUGUUCGUCAAAUCCCCUCGGCA